UGAGCAAUGGCGGCGGCGGCGGGCCCGGAACCUUCCUGCUGGAACGCCUGUUUCCGGGGGGACGGGAAUGCGCGCCACGCUGCGCUCUAGGGGCAGAGAGUUAAUGCUUCCCCCGGCCUCAAGGAAGGCUCCCGUUGCUUGCGCCGGGCGGAGGAGGAUUAUCCAGAAUGUUUGCAUUGACAGAAAAGAACAGAUCCAUUGCUCAGCUAUUACUGAAUACUGGCACUUGCCCGCGAUGUGUUUUCAGAUUCUGCUGUGUGGGGUUACAGGCAUCUUACAGGCAUCCAUACAAGGAUUUGCUUAGAGAGCUGCAUGAAUUCCUGGAGUACAAUAAAGAAAAAGAGGACAAAUUUUGUUGUGAAAUAGCUGACCCCCCGUGUAAGAGAAUCAGACUUGAGAACAUGGGAGAAGGGGCUGAGGAUUUGAAUCAAAAUGGGGCCCUCCAGCAGACCCCUGUGGCAGAUGAUGUAAAUGUUGCUAUGGAGAACUCUACUCCGAAGGUUUGCAACGUGUGCUUGGGAAUUCUUCAGGAGUUCUGCGAGAUAGAUUUUGUUCAGAAGGUGUGCCAAAAGGUUAAUUCUGCUGAGUACCAGUUCACUAGCUUUGUAUUUUCUGUGUCGCUCCCACCACAGUUGUCUGUUAGAGAGCAUGCUGCCUGGCUGCUGGUAAAAGAGGAAAUGGGAAAACAGGGCCUAUCACUGGCAAAAGAGGACGUUGUUCAGCUGAAAGAAACAUACAAAUGGAUUAUUCAUCCCCUGUUCUCGGAGGAGCUGGGUGUUCCUGCUGAUGGAAAGAGCUUGUUCGAAGUGAGUGUGGUGUUUGCUCACCCGGAAACUGAUGAGGAUUGCCAUUUCCUAGCCACAGUAUGUCCAGACUGUUUCAAGCCAGCAAAGAAUAAACAGUCUGUUUUCACAAGAAUGGCAAUUAUAAAGGCUUUGGACAAGAUAAAAGAAGAGGAUUUCCGUAAGCAUUUUCCAUGUUCCCCAAGUUCACCAAAGAAUAUCUGUGCGGCUCUGGAAAUUCAGUGCACUAAUGGUGCAAUUUUUGUGGCUGGAAGGUACAACAAAUAUUCAAGGAAUUUACCACAAACUCCCUGGAUUAUAGAUGGAGAGCGAAAGCUGGAGUCUUCAGUGGAAGAGCUGAUUUCAGAGCACCUAAUGACAGCGUUUAAAGCAGAUAGUUUUAAUUUUUCAUCCUCGGGAAGAGAAGAUGUGGAUGUGAGAACGCUAGGCAGAGGAAGGCCCUUUGCAAUUGAGCUUGUGAAUCCUCAUAGAAUACAUUUUACUGCCAUGGAAAUGAAGGAACUUCAGCAGAAAAUUAAUAACUCUUCAGACAAAAUAAAAGUUCGAGAUUUACAGCUUGUCACCAGAGAGGCAAUUGGACAUAUGAAAGAAGGUGAGGAGGAAAAGACAAAGACCUACAGUGCCUUAAUAUGGACAGACAAAGCAAUACAGAAGGAAGAUAUUGCACUUCUAGAUGAUAUGAAGGAAUUAAAGAUUGAUCAAAAAACACCUCUGCGGGUUCUUCACAGAAGGCCCUUAGCUGUAAGAUCUCGCGUCAUUCACACUAUGAAAUCCGAGUACAUAGAUGACCAUCACUUUCGCCUGCAUCUGAAAACUCAGGCAGGGACUUACAUUAAAGAGUUUGUACAUGGAGAUUUUGGAAGAACAAAACCCAAUAUUGGCUUCCUACUUAAAAGAACUGCUGACAUUCUGGAGCUGGAUGUAGAGUCUGUUGAUGUUGAUUGGCCUCCAACCCUGAAUGAUUAGAGUCUUUCAAGCUCGGAAGAGGAAGAGUGACUUGACUCUCUUAUCAGGAGCUGACAACAAAUUGAACUGUGCACUGUAUGAUAACUUGUUUAUCCCUUAUAUUUCUGUUGAACAUUUGGAUCACGUUGAUCUGUUAGGUUUUUUUAAUUGGCUUAAAAACUCAGGAUCAGUUGAUGCUUGUUCAAUUAAUUUGCAGCCUUAUUGUAAAUAAAUUACUGUCCCAUGUAAAGGGGUCUCUGACAGGCAGAUGUAUUAAUAGCAGUAAAUGAUUUCUUUUAAAAAAAAAUUGAGAGAUGUCCAAACCCUGAUCUUUGCGAGAUAUACCAAAUAUGCUUUCCUGAAUACUGUUUGAAACCCUUUGAUUGAAAAGAGAAGUUCCCCUCCCUCAAACCGCACAAACCAUAUAUCAUCUAAUUUUGUUCCCAACCAUAAAAAAAAAAUGUAGACACGUUUGUAUAGAUACCAUAAGCAUAAUCUUCUUAUCUAGACGUUUGUACCACUUCCCAGAUCAGCAGUCUCAAAGCCUGAUCCUUAAUACGCCAAAGACUAUUCAUGUAAAUGAGAAUUGUCAGGAUCAGACCAUAAGAAAUCAAUUGUAUAUUGUUAAUAUGGAAUUCUGAAAUCAAUGAGACGACUCCUGGAGUGAGGUACUGCUCAACAUGAGUAGGGGCAGCAGAAUCUGGCCUACAAUAUUUUCCCCAUAUAUGUACUAGUGCUGGUUAGAUUUUGACUAUUGCAGGGGGUGGCUGAAAACUUUAUACUCAAAAAUUCAGUUCAGAAAUUCAGGGGGUACCUCAUACUCCUAUUAUCUUCUGUAGGCCAGGGUCCCUGACCAGCCUACGUGUUUCUUGCUGAGCCCCCGUGUGCAGCAUGAGAGAUGUAGUCUGGCUUGGGAAGCCACAACAUGAAGGAGAGUGGGGACAUGAGGUGCCUGAACUACAACUCUUUGAUGUACCAUAGUGGAAUUAGUGAACAGAAGUAUUUGGGGGUUUGGCUGACACUCAAACAUGUUGGGGGUUUUGUUGAAAAUUCCAACAGAAAGUAGCCAAUUUUUUGGAAAAAUUUCAUAUAGUUGAAAACUCAAUUUUCCAUCAGAAAAACAGUUUUAAUGUAUUUUUUUUUAAUCAUCCCUAGGCUAUACUUACUAUGUUCAUUGAUUUUAUUUUAUUGUGCUGCUACUUUGGCGUAAUACUGGCAGGUCCAAGUUCCUCUGUGAAAGAGCCGUAAAAGUGGCAAUAUGUUCGUGUUACGUUUUGUGCGGCAGGAUAAAGAGUUGCAGUUUACACCACAUCCCACUUCCUGUACAAAAAGUGCAAGAUGGAUAAAAAGUUCUAAGUCAUGAUAGAAUUUUAGCAUGAAGUAGACAAAGGGUGUAAUCUACAGAAAGACAGCUAAUUCACUACCCAUAUGGGUCUACCAGCAGUAGGAAUGGUGAGGCUGUAGUGUAUAUGGUUUUGUCAUUUUUAGGUCAGCAAAAACAUUUGAGUCUGGUCUGCACUACCAGUGGUGAAUCACAAGGCCCAGAUUUGCCACUGUAGCUGAAGUUAAAGUAUAUAGAAAGCAUAUGAAAACUUGUGUAUAAAUUAAUGAACCCCCCACUUUAAUAUGUGAGUGUGAAAUGGCCUCACAGGUUGUAACCCAAAUCAGAAAUUAAGAGGACUUCCUUAAAACACAUCUUGCUAUAUUUGAUAAAAUCAAGACUGAGUGAGUGUAUCAUAGAGCUGUUUCUGCACCUAUGAAGCACAAAAAAAAGAGAUGAAUAAUACAGGAAGAAAUUGAGAGGAUUUGGAAUUAUUAAAGAGGCUUUUUCUUAAAGUGUUUCAGGAAUAUGUCAGGUAUUCUGCAAGACAUACUGCUAUUUAUGUGGUGGUUGGGGGAGGAACUGUUGGGUGGACUGUACCCACUGCUAGUAUCAGGAAAGUUACCCUUACAGAUUUCAGCUAGGCACACCUGUGUUACAAUGUCAGCUUCCAGUGUAGGGCCAGGCCUCAGAGUCUGUAAGUUGGCGUAGUUCUGCUAUUGUCAAGAGAGGUCUGAGGAGCCAAACGCUUCCAGCAAUAGUUGGUUUUGUAACUGUUCACACAGAUGAUUAUCUAACACUAAGAAAGGAGGCAACGUGAAUGAUGGAAAACAUAAGAAAUUGAAUUCACGAAAGAGAAACCCAGUGUAAUUGUCUUGAUUUCUUGAAAGAACCUAUUGAAGUGAACUAGAUGAUAAUGAUUUCUAAAUUCCAAAAUCUAUAGGGAAAAAUCAGCAGGAAUAGACAUAGCAGAUAUCACACAACAGCCCCUUCUGUAGUUCAAAGUAAGGCAAAACAGAAAAAAGAGAGAGCGAGCUGCUACUGCUGUCUUAGUACAGAAAAACACUCUGGUCACCAUUAUUUCCAAUAUUCCCCUAAUAUAGCUUGUGCUAUGGGAGCAAUGAAGACAUAGUUGAGAGCUAGAGUAUAGAUGGAUGAUGAAAUUGUAAGGGCUAUUUUAAAAUACAGGGUCUAAUCUCCCUUCAGUGCAUCUACAGAGCUCCCAAAAAUCCUGAAUCAAGACUGGCUUUCCCUAAUACAUCUGCAUUGCGCUAUAAUCAGGGGUGAAAGUAAUUUAACGGACUUACUGGUAAGCAGGGCAGCCAGGGUCCUUGGGCAAGGUGGGGGAGGGGGACUCUGGGCCCCUCGAAGGGCUGGGGCUGAGGUCAGGGCCAGACUUCCCCAGUCAGCCUUUCACCGCUGCCCAGCCCACACUGACCAUGGCUCCAGCAGCAAUUUAAAGGGCCCGCCCUCCCAGUUGCUGCUAUCACGCCAGUGGCGGCCAGCAGCCCUUUAAAUUGCCGCUGGACUCCCCAGAGCUCCCAUGCCAGCGGCUGGAGCCCUGGGCCCUUUUAAAAUCGUCAGGCCCAGGGCAGCUGCCUCUUCCCAUACAGUCGGCUGUGUACCGGCGGCCACCUUCUUACUGGUAUGCCGCAUCAGCUUACUUUCACCUCUGGGUAUAAUGCACAUGAAACUAAGCUGGUAGCUAAGGUGCCUAUAUAUGUAACCAUCCGAUUAUGUUCAUUGGCUAUGUAGUGAAAGUCAUUACAUAAAAUAUAAAGAAAAUUCUGAAAAGCUAAUGUAAUUUGUUUUGCAACUUUGUUUAACAAGAAAAUAAACCCUUCUCUCCUUCA